UUUUGCUCACUACCACCCACCUGCAACAGACUGAAAAUAUCAAUGGAGCUCUCAACAUGCUCGCCGGAAAAACUCGCCGGAUUAUUCAGCACCAACACAACUGACUCUUCCGGCGCCGUCGCCGCCGCCGCCUAUAUCUGCAAUCGACUAGAUUCCUUUUCAAGUCGUUUCACUGACACAACCUACGCCGUAGAUUCAACCUAUCUCCUUUUCUCCGCCUACCUCGUAUUCUCAAUGCAACUCGGCUUCGCAAUGCUCUGCGCCGGCUCCGUCCGAGCAAAAAACACAAUGAACAUCAUGCUCACAAACGUCCUCGACGCCGCCACCGGAGCAAUCUCAUACUACCUCUUCGGUUUCGCCUUCGCGUUCGGCGUUCAAUCAAACGGAACAGCAAAUGAGUUCAUCGGUCAUCAUAACUUCGCUCUACAUUCAUUUCCUAACGAGAAACUAGAUUACAGCAAUUUCUUAUAUCAAUGGGCGUUUGCUAUCGCCGCUGCGGGUAUAACAAGUGGAUCUAUAGCUGAAAGAACUCAAUUCGUUGCUUAUUUGAUUUACUCAUCGUUCUUAACUGGAUUUGUAUAUCCUUUAGUUUCUCAUUGGUUCUGGUCUGAAACCGGUUGGGCUUCCCCUUUCAAAUCAGAUAACUUACUUUUCAAAUCUGGAGUAAUCGAUUUCGCAGGCUCAGGUGUUGUUCAUAUGGUUGGUGGAAUCGCAGGUUUAUACGGUGCCCUAAUUGAAGGACCGAGAAUCGGCCGAUUCGAUCGCAGCGGUCGAUCAAUCGCUCUCCGUGGACAUAGCGCUUCACUCGUUGUUCUUGGUACAUUCCUUCUCUGGUUCGGUUGGUAUGGAUUCAAUCCAGGUUCAUUCAAUCAAAUCCUGAAGAAAUACACAUCAAAUCCAAAUCCAUCUUCCUACGGUCAAUGGAGUGCGAUCGGAAGAACCGCCGUGACAACAACCCUAGCCGGAUCCACCGCCGGAUUAACAACUCUCUUCAUAAAACGGUUACUCUCCGGCCACUGGAACGUAACCGACGUCUGUAACGGUUUACUAGGCGGUUUCGCGGCGAUAACCGCCGGUUGCUCCGUGGUUGACCCAUGGGCAGCUAUUAUAUGUGGGUUUAUAGCGUCUCUUGUUUUAAUCGGGUUUAAUAAAUUGGCGGAGCGGUUUAAAUUUGAUGACCCGCUUGAGGCAGCCCAACUUCAUGGCGGGUGUGGUACUUGGGGUGUUAUAUUUACUGGUUUGUUUGCUGAAGAGAAGUAUGUUAAUGAAGUGUAUCCGGGUCAGGUGGGUCGGCCGUUUGGGUUAUUGAUGGGUGGUGGGUGGGGGCUUUUGGGGGCGAAUGUGGUCGAGAUUUUGGUUAUAUUCGGGUGGGUUAGUGUUACGAUGGGUCCGCUUUUUUUGAUUCUUAAGAAAUUGAAACUUCUUCGGAUCUCGGCCGAAGAUGAGAUGGCGGGUAUGGAUCUUACUAGGCAUGGCGGGUUUGCUUAUGCUUAUUAUGAAGAUGAGAAUGAUUCGAAUAGACAUGGGGUUCAAUUUACUAAUGGUGUUAAUUGAAUUUGAACCGGCCGGGUCGGUUUAAGUAUAGACUAAUGUGUAAUUAAUUAAUGUUUCUAUUAUAAAUUAAGUUGUGAAUGUAUAAUUUCAGUUGAGAAGUUAUGGACUUAAUAACUUUUUUUUGUGGAUC